AUGGUGGGAACUCCAGGGGCAUUAAGCAUGCAAGGAAGGCCAGUCAAAUGGAUCGAAUCGAUCGAUUCGAUCGAAUGGACACCAAUUAAUUCCAUUCGACAACCCACAGUCAAAUGGUGGGUAACUCCAUGGGCAUUAAGCAUCCAAGGAAGGCCAGUCGAAUGGAUCGAAUCGAUCGAUUCGAUCGAAUGGACACCAAUUAAUUCCAUUCGACAACCCACAGUCAAAUGGUGGGUAACUCCAGGGGCAUUAAGCAUGCAAGGAAGGCCAGUCAAAUGGAUCGAAUCGAUCGAUUCGAUCGAAUGGACACCAAUUAAUUCCAUUCGACAACCCACAGUCAAAUGGUGGUUAACCCCAUGGGCAUUAAGCAUGCAAGCAAGGCCAGUCGAAUGGAUCGAAUCGAUCGAUUCGAUCGAAUGGACACCAAUUAAUUCCAUUCGACAACCCACAGUCAAAUGGUGGGUAACUCCAUGGGCAUUAAGCAUGCAAGCAAGGCCAGUCGAAAUGGAUCAAAUCGAUCGAUUCGAUCGAAUGGACACCAAUUAA